AUGCUUUUCAAGUCCAUCUUCGCUACUGCCGUGCUGUUCGCAGCCUCCUCCGUCGCCCUCCCCACCGACCUCGAGGCCCGUCAGCAAGCAACCACCUGCGGUAGCACUUCCUACAGCGCCUCGCAGGUCAGCGCUGCCGUCAAGGCAGGCUACGGCGACUACCAAGCCGGCCGCACCUACGGCAGCAACUCGUACCCCCACANNAAGACCAGCGGUACUUUUACCGGUGGCUCUCCUGGCGCCGACAGAGUCAUUUUCAACACCAAAGGCCAAUGGGCCGGCACCGUCACCCACACCGGAGCCUCUGGAAACGACUUUGUUGGCUGCUCUGGCACCAGCUAG